UUCCUGUCUAGUACUAACAACUUCCCGGGUCAACUUCUACACGCGAAAAGUGACAGCAGCCACGAUCAGUCGGAAAACAGCGUGUUGUGUCCCUAAUUAGCUGUGUUAGCUUUCAAAAUAUAAACACUUAAUAUUCACAUUUAAGUGGCAAGUUUUAAUCUAUCCAAAAUGGUGUUUUACUUCACAAGUGCCGUGGUGAACCCUCACUACACAAUCUACAUGGGAAAAGACAAAUAUGAGAAUGAGGAUCUAAUAAAGUACGGAUGGCCUGAAGACAUCUGGUUUCAUGUGGACAAACUGUCUUCAGCUCAUGUGUAUCUCAGACUGCCACAGGGUCAUACGGUAGACAAUAUUCCCCCCGAGGUGCUGAUAGACUGUGCACAGCUGGUGAAAAACAACAGCAUCCAAGGAUGUAAGAUGAACAACAUCAAUGUGGUUUACACACCGUGGGCCAACCUGAAGAAAACCGGAGAAAUGGACGUAGGACAAAUCGGCUUUUUCAGACAGAAAGAGGUGAAGCUCGUGGCGGUGGAGAAGAAGGUCAAUGAGAUCGUUAACCGCCUGGAGAAAACUAAAGACGAACGAUACCCCGACCUGGCGGCAGAGAAAGAGUCGAGAGACCGAGAGGAGAGGAACGAGAAGAAAGCUCAGAUCCAGGAACUGAAGAAGAAAGAGAAGGAUGACCAGAGGAGGAGAAAAGAGAUGGAUGAACUCAAGAGCUAUACUUCAUUGAUGCAGUCUGAAAAGAUGCAGACUAAUGAGGAUGGCAAUGACUCAGACGACUUCAUGUGAGAGUAUUAAACGCCAGCAGCAAGCAGACCGAAUCCUCCUCCACUUCUUCAGGCCUCUCCUGCUGCUUUUGCUUGCUGUUACUCUGCACUGACAUUGAAAUACAACAACAAAGACACAUGGAUACCUUUUUGCUUGUGGAGCAGAACGCAGCCAAUGAGAGGACAGUGCCGGGGAUUUGUUCCACAUGCUGAUUGGUUCAGACACUGCUUUCAAAACCAAACCAAGCAUCGGGUCUCUUCAUCGAAAGAUGACACUGAAGAGGAAACACAGGACAACAAGAAUGCUGAGGAAACACUCAAAUUGCAAAACCGAUGUUGAUGUAUGAUUAAACGUUCAUAUGUUUUAAUGACCCUGCAAACCCUUCAGUUCUCUAUGUGUUCUUUUAUCUUCUUGUAUUAAUUUGUUCAAAACAAUUCAAUGUAUUAUUCUCACAGUUAUAGCUCUUCGUUGACGGUCGCAUCCACUAUCAUAUAACUGCAUAAGCAUGUGUCCUAAAAGUGUUUUGUUUAUUUAAACAAUGUAUGCACACAUGUAUGUCUACAUCUAGUGAUUAUUCUUUCCUAUAUAUCGCCUGUCACAUUUCCCAUGUCCUUGCUCUUCAAAGUUAUUAUCCUGUCAAACUAAAUGUCAAAAAUCCAAAUAAAUUACAGUUUACUAUUAUCACA